AUGUCCAUCAUACCGACUCUCCGUCUGCCAAAUGCACAGGGAUUAGAGAUCCCUGGUUUAGGUCUGGGCUGUUGGAGUGGGACAACGCCCGAACAGUGGGCGACGUCGAAACCGUGGCUCGUCUCUGCACUGAAGGCCGGUUACAAGCUGUUAGACACGGCUUAUGGAUACGGAACCGAGAAAUACGUCGGAGAGGCCAUUAAGGAGUCGGGUAUACCGCGCGAAGACAUCUUCGUGAUCACAAAGCUCCCCUGGCAUCAUGCAAGGAUCGUGCGCGAGUCUGUUGAACGGUCCUUGAACAACCUAGGAUUUGAUUAUAUCGAUCUAUAUCUCAUGCACUUCCCUCAAGCGAUGGUAUACGAUAACGAUGACAAUGAUCCCAAGACCCCAGAUGGCCAAUACCGCAUCGACGAUGGCAUCACCUUCAACGAGGUAUGGGCCGAGAUGGAGAAAGUGCUCGAGAGCGGGAAAGUCAAAGCGAUUGGAGUGUCAAACUUCUCCGUCAAAAAUCUCGAGAAACUGCUGUCGACGGCAAAGGUGGUUCCUGCUCUGAACCAAGUCGAGUUGCAUCCGUAUCUCGUGCAGGAGGAUCUGAAGAAGUACUCGGAUGAGAAAGGGAUUGUUACUUGCGCCUAUACGUCUACCGGGUACGCGACCGUCCGUGAGGACGCCACAGUUGUCGACCUCGCCAAGAAAUACGGCGUCACUGGCGCGCAAAUCGUGCUUGCCUGGCAUGUGCAGAGAGGUGUCUUGCCCAUCGUCAAAUCGAGCAACGCGCAGCGACAAAAGGACAACAUAACCCUGCCGAAAUUGAGUGCGGAAGACUUUGCGCGCGUGACGGCUCUUGACCGCUAUGAGCGCCUGUGUAAUAAGAUAGGCCCGGAUGGGAAAAUGUCCGGCUGGACAGCGGAGCAGCUUGGGUGGUGA